AUGGGUUGUAGAAGGGAUUGGCUCGUUGUCUGUAUCAUUUUGAAUGCGUGGUUAUGGCAGCUUGUUCACGGGUCAGAACGCUACUACGCUAGAGAUUUGUUGGAUUCUUUUGUUUAUGAUUAUGCACUCAAGAAACUCCAUCGUCCACGUACUGGUAAACUGUAUAAUGUUGUUCUUCCUGCCAAUUUCUCGGGCAUGGAAGUUUCUGUUGUUCGCCUCAGAGCCCGUCGUCUAUGGAAGAAUGGGUCUAAUUACAAUUCAUCAUUUGCAAUCCCACCAUGGGUUUUGCCAUGGCCCUUUACAAAGAGAGUUGAUUUAGUCUAUCAGAAUCUAGGCAACUUGUCAUCAUCUUACUAUAAUGUUCCAAAUUACACGUUUGUUGCUCCUGUCAUAGGAUUUCUAACCUAUGAUCCCAACAGAAGUUCAGCAAGUUAUGGGCUGAUUGAGCUUAAAGUGGUGAGUGAUGAUCCCAUUAUUGUUCGAUUUCCGAAUAUUUCGACUCAUGAAGAUGGGAAUGUGACAAUGAAAUGUGUUAGGUUUGACAUAAACGGGACGUUGGAAUUCAGCAACAUGACGGUGAAAAGUUCGUGUAUUGUGAGAAGACAGGGUCAUUUCUCUGUUGUAGUCCCUUAUCAGCCGAACCAGGCUAUCAGGAAGAACUAUUGGGUGAUGGGGAUUGCAGCUGGAGUUGUGGGAUUAGUCUUUCUUGUUGUGAUUGGUAUUUUGGCAUACCGAUGGAUUAAAGGGAAAAGGAUCAAGAAAAUGGAGAGAAGUUCUGAAAGAAGUGAAGGAUUGGACACAAUUUGGGUGGGGAGGAGCAGAAUGCCUUUUGCUUCAGGUAUUAGAACUCAACCAGCUAUCGAGAAUAGCUAUCUUCCUUGA